AUGACGUUCAAACUCCCCAGCGGGGCCUCGCCUUACCAGCAGCACACUCCGCUCGGCCGCGACACCCGAGCCACCGGGACAGACACGACCCCGGUCCCUCGCCGGCGGAGCUGGAACCUCGUGUGUGAGGACGGCUGGAAGGUGCCUCUGGAGCAGAUGGGCCACCUCCUGGGCUGGCUGCUGGGCUGUGUCCUCCUGGGCGCAGGCUGUGACUGGUUUGGACGUCGGGCUGUGUUUGUGGCCUCCCUGGUGCUGGCCACGGGCCUGGGGGCCAGUGAGGCCCUGGCGGCCAGCUUUCCUGCCCUGCUGGCUCUGAGGCUGCUUCAUGGGGGGGCCUUGGCAGGCUUUUCCCUGGCCCUCUACGUGGCUCGCCUGGAGCUGUGCGACCCCCCCCACCGCCUGGUGUUCUCCGUGGCAGCUGGCCUCUUCUCGGUGCUGGGCACCGUGCUGCUGCCCGGCCUGGCCCUGCUCGCGCAGGACUGGCGCCUUCUGCAGGGGCUGAGCGCCCUGGUCACGGGGUUUUUGCUGCUCUUUUGGGGGUUCCCCUCCCUGUUCCCUGAGUCUCCCCGGUGGCUGCUAGCCACGGGACAGCCAGCCCGAGCCAGGAAGAUCCUGUGGCACUUUGUGGAAGCUGGGGGCGCGGACCCCGAGGACAGCUCAAAGGAGGAGAGCGCCCUCGCUACGGAACUGGACACGCUGGGUGCAGGGAGCCCCCAGCCCCAGUACCACUCCAUCCUGGAGCUCCGGAACACCAGCAUCGCCUGGAGAAAUGGACUCAUCCUGGGCUUCAGUUCACUGAUCUGCGGGGGCAUCAGAGCCAGCUUCCUCCGCAGCCUGACCCCGAGUGAGCCCGCCUUCUACCAGCUCUACUUCCUGGGCGCUGGCCUGGAGUUCGUAGCCACUGUGUUCCUGCUGCUGACGGGGGAUCGCUGGGGACGACGCCCAGUCCUCUUGCUGGGCACCCUGGUCAUGGGCCUGGCGUCCCUACUGCUUCUUGCCGGGACCCAGUACCUGCCAGAAUGGACCAUGUGGUCCCUCUCUGUCCUGGGUCUCCUGGCCUCCCAGGCCGUGUCGGCUCUCAGCAGCCUCUUCGCAGCAGAGGUAUUGCCCACCGUGACCAGGGGGGCCGGCCUGGGCCUCGUGCUGGGGGCCGGCUUCCUGGGCCAGGCGGCCGCCCCCCUGGCCGACCUGCACGGCCGGCGUGGCUUCUUCCUGCACCACGUGGUCUUCGCCUCCUUCGCCAUCCUGGCCCUGCUGUGCGUCCUGCUGCUGCCGGAGAGCCGGGGCCGCGGGCUGCCCGCGUCGGUGCAGGACGCCGACCGCCUGUGCCGGUCCCCACUCCGCGGGGGCCGCCUCCGCCCGGACCACCUGCCGCUGCUGCCGCCCACCCCCCGUCCGCAGUAG